ACGUCAGGGAUCGCUUUCGUCGUUUUGACGUGUCAAGCCCUCAUUUCCAUUCUGGCUGUGGCGGGUUGGAGUCCUGCUCAAGCAUGAGCCGGGCAGAAACGGGCGACCUGUGAUCGCAGCCAGGCACUUUCUUGAGAACAGCCAGCUCCUUCUCCACCCCCCGCCCCGCACCAGCCUUUCUCCUGAUCGCAUAGCAACCAGAGUGGGGAAGGAGUUUUCCACUCUUCCUCCUUUUUUGGAAGCACGAAUCCUGACUUCUCCAGUGCCUGACUCGAUUCCUUGAUCGAUUCUCCUCGUUCUCUCCAAAGCGCCCGGUCCUCCUUCUUCCUCGCCGGCUGCCAUGGAGAGGCGAGGCUGGGCAGGGCGCAGCGCGGCCGUGGCUUUGCUGGCUGCCUGGAGCGCAGCCGUCCUGCUGGCCCGGGCGGAGAGGCAGUUCGUCAACGAGUGGGCAGCCGAGAUCCCGGGAGGUCCGGCGGCAGCCCAGGCCAUCGCCGACGAGCUGCAGUAUGAAUUUCUGGGGCAGAUUGGAUCACUUGAAAAUCAUUAUCUAUUUAGACAUAAGAGCCAUCCUAGAAGGUUGCGAAGGAGUGCUACUCACAUCACAAAAAGACUCUUGGAUGAUCAACGCGUGUCUUGGGCAGAACAACAGUAUGAAAAGAAGAGAAGUAAGCGUUCGGUAUUGCGGGACUCAGCAGAAAAUCUUUUCAAUGACCCCAUGUGGAAUCAACAAUGGUAUCUGCAAGACACAAGAAUGACUCCGUCUCUGCCAAAAUUGGAUCUCCAUGUUAUUCCUGUGUGGCAAAAGGGGAUUACUGGGAAAGGUGUUGUCGUAACAGUGCUUGAUGAUGGCUUGGAGUGGAACCACACCGACAUUUAUAUUAACUAUGAUCCUGAGGCAAGUUAUGAUUUCAAUGACAAUGAUCACGAUCCAUUUCCUAGAUAUGACCCAACAAAUGAAAACAAACAUGGAACACGGUGUGCAGGAGAGAUCGCCAUGCAAGCCAACAACCUGAAAUGUGGAGUAGGAGUUGCAUACAAUUCCAAAGUUGGGGGCAUAAGAAUGCUGGACGGAAUAGUCACAGACGCCAUAGAAGCAAGUUCAAUCGGUUUCAGCCCAGAUCACGUGGAUAUUUAUAGUGCCAGCUGGGGCCCAAAUGAUGAUGGGAAAACUGUUGAGGGACCUGGCCGGCUGGCACAGAAGGCUUUUGAAUACGGCAUCAAAAAGGGGCGAAAGGGGAAAGGUUCUAUUUUCGUCUGGGCUUCUGGGAAUGGAGGCCGCCAAGGAGACAACUGUGACUGUGAUGGCUACACAGAUAGCAUCUACACGAUCUCCAUCAGCAGUGCUUCUCAGCAAGGCCAUUCUCCCUGGUAUGCAGAGAAGUGCUCUUCAACAAUGGCCACAGCAUACAGCAGUGGGGAUUAUACUGACCAGAAAAUUAUAAGUGCUGACCUUCAUAAUGAAUGCACUUCCACACACACUGGGACAUCUGCUUCUGCUCCUUUAGCUGCAGGGAUCUUUGCUCUGGCACUGGAGGCCAAUCCUAAUCUAACCUGGAGAGAUAUGCAACAUUUGGUAGUCUGGACAUCUGAAUUCGAUCCGUUGGCCAACAAUCCGGGAUGGAAGAAGAAUGGAGCUGGACUGAUGGUGAACAGCAGAUUUGGAUUUGGAUUGCUCAAUGCCAAAGCACUGGUAGAUUUGGCUGACCCUAAAACCUGGAAAGAAGUACCUGAAAAGAAAGAGUGCAUUGUUAAGGACAGCAGCUUUGAACCAAGGUUAUUAAGAUCUAGUGGUGAAGUUACCAUUGAAAUUCCCACAACAGCUUGUGAAGGUCAAGAAAAUGCCAUUAAAUCCCUGGAACAUGUACAAUUUGAAGCAACGAUUGAAUAUUCCCGCAGAGGUGAUCUUCAUGUGACCCUGACUUCUCCAUCAGGGACCACCACAGUCUUACUAGCCGAACGGCAAAGAGAUAAGUCACCCAAUGGCUUUAAAGACUGGGAUUUUAUGUCAGUUCACACUUGGGGAGAGAAUCCAACAGGCACAUGGACUUUAAAAGUUGUUGAUACGUCUAGACGAUUGCAAAAUGAAGGAAGAAUUGUGAACUGGAAGCUGAUUUUGCAUGGCACUUCAGCUCGACCUGAGCACAUGAAGAAACCUCGCAUCUACACAUCAUACAAUACUGUCCAAAAUGACAGGAGAGGUGCGGAAAAGAUGGCGGAUUUUGUAGAGGAUCACACCACACUGGAGAACCUGAGUGGAAAAAGGAAGGUGACAGAAAGUACCACUGGCAAAGAUAAAUUACAGGAAGUGGCCUCAUCAGAUGCAAUGCUCCGGCUACUGCAAAAUGCCUUUCGUGACCAGAUGGGUGGGAAUCAAGUACCAAAAAAGGUGCUAAGUGAAAACUCAAAUAUUCCCUAUGAACAUUACUAUCAAGCUCUUGAGAAACUAAACCAAGCCUCUCAGCUGAAAGACUCAGAGGAGUCUCUGUAUAGUGACUAUGUUGACCUUUUUUACACUGCCAAACCAUACAAGCAUCGGGAUGACAGACUACUCCAAGCCUUGGUUGACAUUCUGAAAGAAAAAGAUUAAGAUAUACAUAUAUAGAAUAAGGCACUAGGUUGGAAACAUUCACAGCCACCCCAUCUUCUUAAUACUCAUCAUUCCAGACUGGCUCCCACUUAUUCAAUCUGCAUCAUCAUCACUUUUAUGGCUUUCUGCAUGCCAACUAUCUUCUUUAGGAGAAAGAGAUUGGGCUGCUUGUUAGAUGUGAGGAAAUCAUAACUUUAUGAAAAGCUUUCAGUAAUCCUGAGAACAGGCAACUUCCUUCAGGAAUGAGACAAAUUCACCAACUUGAGAAAACACUAGAGAUUGAAUGCAGCAGGCCCUGUCCCCAAAAUUAUGUUACCAAUCGUAGUUAGGGAUAUUGUUUCAAGCAGAAAAGCCAGCGAUUAUCUAACGUCUCCUUAAUUUAAGUGAGUUCUUCAACCCAUAGAGAAGAUUUCCUUUCAGAAGGAAUAAGGCAGUAUUGUCACAAAAUCCAACCAACUCCUUUCAACCCCAAAUACUGAAGGUUGUCUGUGGACCCAACCCCCCACCCUGCCCUAGUUUAGAUUCACAUGUAAAAACGCUCCUUCAAAAAAAUUUCUUCCGUACAGCCAAUCAGUUUCUACCGCUGUGGUUCAAGAAGAGCAGUGAGGCAUCUCUGGUCCACAUGCCUAAAUAUGCCUGCCAGACCAUUUGGAACAAGCCACACCCACCUACCUGUAUAAGUAAAAAAUGUAGCUGGGCCCAAGCACUGACAAUCAGCUGACUAUCUACUUUGUAUGCAGAACCUCUUAGCCCUGAUCCACUUAUUAGGAGAAUCCUAUACAACACCUAUACCAUGCUUGGAUCUACAUGGAUUAUAUAGAACCUGGGAAAUGUAAAUAGGAUACUACCAGCACCAGUCUUCUUUAAUAAGGCACAGGAAGAAAUGCAGAUGUGAAUAGCACCGUGCCAAAACCUGCGCAUCAGGAUCGAAUGAGUCCAGUAAGGCCCUUUUGCUGGUGUUAAAACUCUAUAGCCCUAUUAGGCUCUGAAUGUGCUAAUUUUACUCCCCCCCCCCCCAAUAUCAAAACUAAGUCCAUACAUUUCAAGAGACAGGCUUCCUGGGAGAAAGCCCUAAUAUGACCAGAGAGUACUAAAUAUAAAUAGCAAAUGCUGAAUCUAACCAGAUCUGGCAUUAUUGUGGUGAUUUUCUUGCUGUAUGACACAUUUGUCAACAUCUAGCAGAGAGGCUAUUUUGUCAGAAAUGAAAAACCGGGGAAGAGAGGCACAAGGGCUUUUAAGAACAAAUGGAAAUCGAAUGCAGAAGAAACAUUUCAAUGAAAGAUACCUAGACUGGCUUGGCUGCUUUAUUAAGUGAGGCAGUGUCUGUAGGGGGGCACCUUAGCCUGAACCAUGGUCACGGCUGAAACAGGUAAGAAAGAAAGAAAGAAAGAAAAAGAAAAAGAAAAAGAGGACAUCAAGGAAAUAACUAGUGAAACAAAAUGCAGGCACAGAGGCCGCAGGAGCAGUGAAAAGGAAAUCAAGAGGACAGGAGAGAAAAUGUGGGAAAGGGCUGUGGCAGAAA